AUGGGAAGAUCGAGCGAUUUCAAGUUUUGGGAAGAGAGGUUAUCGGUUGGUCACCGUUGCUGCGAGGAUGAGUUGUUUGAAUUCCAAAUGCGCGGAGAAGAUCAAGUUGAAGCGUCCUCUCCUCCACUGUGGAGAAGACCGGAAACCUCCACUUUGCUUCCCGAGAACCACCAGUAUAGCUGCCUCUCCCCAACAUCCCGUUUAAGGGCAAUCGUUGAUGGAAAAAGGGAGCUCAUGGAGAUGCUCAAAGACAUUCCUGAAUCUUCAUAUGAACUGACACUCAAAGAUAUAGUCGAGCAUCAAGACAAGGAGGAUGUGGUAACAGAUGAAGAGAAAGUGAAGCAUAAAACCCCCUUGAUAACGAAAAGCGCCAACACUAAACAAAUAUGCAGGAGCGAAAGCAUGGAGAGCGAAGUGUUCCUACUAAAGAUGUUCUUACCUGUAUCUCUCGGUUCAAAGAGGAAGAAGAAGAAGGCCAAGACGAGAAAGCACUCAAGAGAAGGACCUGAUAAACAAGCAAAUAAACAGUGGUGGAAGAUCAUAUAUUUAGCCAUAACAGAUUAUCAGAAGAGUAGAAAUAUCAUCAGAAAGAGUAAUAUCAGUAAUCUUACCAGCGAGAAGAAAUACAAAUCAAGAGGACAGAGAGGCUGCCUGUUCUGGAAAAAUUCGGAGAGUUGCAAAAGUUGAUCAUGCAAAAGUUGAUUCAAGCACAGCAAGGAGCUUAUAUAUGAAAUGCUGCAAAUCCAGAUGCUCA